CUAAUAUAUAAAUAUAAAAGUAUAUAUGUAUAUAUAUUUGUUUUAUUCAGCUUGAAAGUUGACCUCGAAUGUCCCACUCUUAUUUGCAGUGUUUAGUCCUAGUAAGUCAAUCCUGUUAAGCAGCACCUUCUUAGUACCAGCUUCGUUGGUUCUCCUUUUUGUUCCUUUUGGAAGUAAGGAAUGAGUGAAAUUGGAACAUUUAUUACUUUUAAUUCGCAUUAAGACAAUCUUGAGACGCGUGAUACAAGCUCCAUUCACCAAGAACUUUUCGCAUUGGUCACCUUUUCUUCAAGUCGUUUGUUAUGCACAUGAUAUUUAUUUAAUAGAAAAAACUCGUGAUAUAUAGUUAGAGAUAUGCAGGAACAAAACCCCUCCGAUCCUUCCGACUGGAAUUUUACAAAACUGCCACGUCUAAAAGGACUGGAUUCCUCGAUGAGAUGCCUUAUCUGCCAUGACUUUUUCAAAGGACCGGUUAUAACAUCUUGCUCUCAUACGUUUUGCUCUUACUGUAUUCGGGACUAUUUAAGGGAGCAUCCAAUAUGUCCCGCCUGUCGUGCUCCAGAACAGGAAAGCCGCCUGCGAAAAAAUAAGGUGGUUGAAGACAUUUUAGAUGCAUUUCAUUCUACGCGUUUAGAUUUAAUUCAGGUUUUACGAAAAGAUGACAGUUCCGAAGCUAAUUUAAACGACGAUUCACGUGCGCUUUCAGUCCCGGAUUCUCAGUCUAGCACUGAGGAAUGGGAAGAGAGUGAAAACUCUCAUCCUUCUAGUUACACAAACAGAAAAAAAAGAAAAUUACGAAACCUGGUUGUUUGCCCUGUUUGUGCUAGAGAGGUAUCUCAGUCCGAAAUAAAUCAGCAUUUAGAUACAUGUCUAGCAAGUCCUGGUCAAUCCUCUACCGAAAAUAGAUUUUCUUCACAAGAAAUAGAUGAAAAGAAAUCCGAAUCCAAAUCUGUUAAUAACUUGGCAGUGACAAAUAAAGAAUUGCCCGAAUCAGAACGUGUCCGAAUUCCCAAGCUUACCUAUGCUUUAUUGUCUGAAUCUAAAAUUCGCUCCAAAUUAGUAGAGAUGGGCCUUCCUACUGAAGGUAAUAAACAAGUCUUACAAAGGAGACAUGCUCAAUGGGUCACUAUGUAUAACUCUAAUUUGGAUCAAAAACAUCCGGUUUCAAAGAAGGCACUUUUAGCUCAGCUUCGCAAAUGGGAGAAAACACAGAGUAAUGCAAAUGUAAUUACGAAGGAAAAGCUUGGAGGGACUGAAUGGGGGUCUACAUAUGCGGGUGAUUUCGCAAAUCUUGUACAAAAAGCCAAAAAUUCAAUCAAAAAAUCUGAUGCUCCUUCACCAGAUGAGCAAACUUCUUCUACAGCAGUUGAUGAGUCUUCAGUUUAAGGUCUUAUUAUUCGACUCGGGAUUAAACUCGCUCCUUCAAAAAUUCUUUAGCAUCCGCAUUAUUUAGGGUUAUGGUCAAAUCUUCCGUGGAACAUAUGUUAAUUUGUUUUAUGCUUACGCACUUU